GCUGUUAGAAUGAAAAUAGCCCUUGUUUAGGUUACAACUAUAUAAAGUAUGAUUUCAGUUGUUCGAAAGCAUCAGUAGCGAGUUAUUCGUCUUACACUUAGAACCUUUCUUCUUAUUGAAAGUUACCACAAUCAAUCCAGCAACAUGAAAUUUGCCAUUUUCGUCACAGUCGUGUUUGCCUUGGCCACAGUUGCUCAGUCCUCUGUUAUUCCUGUUAUUGCUGUAGGUGGCCCUGGAUCUAUUGCUGUUCAAGCUUCUGCUGUACAUGGACCUCAUGCAGCAGUUGCGGUUCAAACUAUUCCUCAUAUUGUUGCUGUUCCAGCUGCAGUAGCUGUUGCUCCAGUUGUUGCUGGUCAAGCAACAUAUGUGGCCCAGAAUCGAGGCGUUGUCCAUGUUGCCCCAUUGGAUGGGCAUGUUCAAUCGGCUGUAUCUCUUAACCUUCAAGCAGCUCCAGGAACAGUUUGAAAUUUGAUGAAAUCUGAAAGCAAGGCCAACUCAUUUUCGUGAAAAACAAAUAUUUUUUUUAAACUUUGAACUUUUUUAUUACUCCCAAUGUUUUCGAAGAAUUACCAUGCAA